CUUCGUUUCUUUGACCAUGUUUGUUUGAUUUUUUCCCACAGUGCCAUUCUACUUUAUUCAACGUGGGCUGCAAAUUGACAAAGAGCCAUUUAUUUGCAGAUUAUUAUUCUUUAACGCCAACGCCCAGAGGCCUCCACUGUACCUUGCAUCAUUUUGGCUUCUUUGGCUUUCUUCCACGGAAACACCCCCGGAUUCAGGUGCCGCCCAAGAAAAGACUUGAGACCCCUCCAGGCCCAGAAGACACAGCAGACCACCUUUUGUUAGGCGAGGGACAGGCCUGCGCAGAACUAACUUAGGCGGUCACAACGGCUCAGUCAUCCGUUUUGGUGCAUCACGGCAUCGUACAACUCGGCUACCGCCGACCCAGCAUCUCCAGUCUCGUGCAGGCUGCAGCUCGUAGCUGACCCUGCCCAUUCGUCAUCCUUACGCAUUACACUUCCUCGACGCGCGCCCAUCGUCUCGUUAACUCAAUUAGCCUGGAGAUCUCUCCUCUCGAAUCUUGCCCCAAGGUUUUUGACAGCCACUAUUUCAACACACUCCAGAGUACGGGCUAGAGUAUCUCUGGGCACUGUACCAACUCGCACCCCCCGCACCCGCCUGCCUCAGAUCGCGAGAUCGUCAUUGUUAUCGCCGCCACCCACACAGUCGCUCCUCCCCAAAACUUGACCUUGGCAACAGUGAAUCCACCUUCCCGUGGCUUGUUCAACUGUCAUGCCUUCGCGCAUUCAAGUCCAUCAAGGAACAACAGCUCCUCCUCGCCUUUCUCCCAUAUCAGUCAACGAGGUAGUGGCUGCGCUUCAGCGAAAAAUUACAGCAACCCACCUGGACUCUCCUACUAUUAUUUCCCCUAAGAUCUCUCCCAAGAAUUCGAGACGCCCCUCUUUUUCAAUGGAUAAUCUUCUCCACCAUAAAAAAGAUAAGAAGCACGAUGAACCAAAAGAGCGAGACUCACGCGACCUCAAACGCAUGUCAUUACACCUGCGUUCCUCCAACAAGUCAAAGGAUCGCAAGUCGGCAGCGUCGCCCAAAGCAGGCCCUGUCAAAGUCGCCCAUUUUGAGAACAUCACCGAGUCCCCUCCCGUGGUGUUAUUUGGUAGUGCUUCCUCCUCCUCCGGUGCUCUUAUCUCUGGCCGGCUGAAGUUAGUCAUUGAUGACCCUACGGGUGAGCUCCGGCUCGAGAAGUUUAACAUGUCCUUCAAAACUCACAUCACCACCAAAAAGCCCAUUGGGAAAGACUGUAAGGAUUGCAUCGAGAGAGUUGACGAGCUCAAAUCUUGGACCUUUCUCUCCGAGCCAAAGACAUUUUUCAAGGACAGAGACAACCAAUUCCCCUACUCCUAUCUCAUACCCGGUCACCUACCUGCGACCACUCAGUCACAAUUAGCCACUAUUAGCUAUGCUCUCUACGUUACCGCAGUCUCUUCACACGGCGAGAAGAUUGAAUAUUCUCUACCUGUUUCCAUCCUCCGCGCCAUUCACCCCGGUCCCGACAAGGCUAGCAUCCGAAUCUUCCCUCCAACUAACCUGACUGGCCGUGUUCAGCUACCUCCCAUUGUUCAUCCUAUUGGAACCUUCCCAAUCACCAUGUCUUUGAGUGGCGUCGUAGAGAAAAAGGCAGAGAGCCAAACCAGAUGGCGACUUCGCAAGCUGUCAUGGCGAAUCGAGGAGCAUAGCAAGGUCAUCUCUACGCCAUGUGCCAAGCACGCCCACAAAGUCAGUGAAGGCAAGUCCAUCCUACAUUCCGAAACACGAGUUCUUGGAAACGAUGAGAUCAAGGGUGGCUGGAAGACCGACUUCGAUACUGUCGGAGGCGAGAUCAACAUGGAAUUUGAAGCCUCGUUGGCAGCUCGAUCCAACCAUCGUGCUACUUGUGAUGUCGAUGCUAGCAGCUCCGGCAUCGAGGUCAAGCACAACCUGGUUCUUGAAUUGAUCGUGGCAGAGGAAUUCUGCCCCAACAAAAACACCCAACUCAUCACCCCCACCGGAGCUGCUCGCGUUCUCAGAAUGCAAUUCGCUCUCAUCGUCACUCAGAGGGCUGGUAUGGGCAUCAGCUGGGAUGAAGAGAUGCCACCCGUCUACCAGGAUGUUCCAGACAGCCCUCCCGGUUAUGGGAGCUCGGAUAAGAAUGAUGGCGCUUGGGGCGGCGCCGUCAUCGAGGAUUACCACGGCCCGCCAUUGGAAUACGAAGAUCUCGAGGCCAUGACAGAUGGUCCUUCCCACGUCCCUGCUGACGCACCUCCCUCAUAUGGCAACGCUGGUUUACCCAUGCGACAAAGACCCCUUUUCAACAGUAGGACCAGCUCUGGCGAAGGGCCUUCUACCCGACCGGACGAGAGAAAUCGUAUCACGGGUUUCACCAAUGAUGAACUGGAUGCGGAUGUUGUGCAACCAAGUUGGCGAGACCGUGAGGCCACUGCCGACGAAUCGGCCGGCCCGGUUGAAGAGACAGAAGAAGGACAAACUUCCGGUGCGGCUCCACGGCAGUGAGAUUAUAUGGACACAUGCUCCUUCAACACCCACCUAUGAUUUCUUUGGAAGUUUUCAUUACGACAGCCUCUGGCAAAAAGACGAGUCUGACGACUUCACGUUCGACGAAUUGGAUGCGAAAGCGAUGUAUAUGAUACCCCAAUUCUGCAUGAUCUUGGCGCUGAGCAAGCCCGCUGGGAGAUAUCUUUUGGUUUUUUGGGGUUCGCUUCUGGAAAACGUCCACAGGUGGCAGAUCCUGGUUUGGACAGGCGUAUUUUUGUAUUUUACAUCUACGUGAUAGCGUGCACGUAUGGAUAGGAUAGCCUCAAAGAUUACAAUGGCAUGAACAGCAGUGGGCGCGAGCCUUAGAUUUCAAUUCGAUGAUUGAAGCACCAUAUUUGACAUCACAUGUUGUCUGCAUACGAUUAAAUGAAGCGAGAAGGCUUGGUUCAAUCGAGGCAUCUGCAUGCAUGCAAGCGAUACAAGCGACGCCAGCGAUCACCAGACUCCACUUGAUCCUGGCUGUGAUCUGGCGUGCACAAAACGCAUGACACGGAGAUGAGCACCCGACUUAUCAACAUGCAAUGAAUUCUAGGGUCAACAACGAACUACAAAAGAUCAUUGUAUGAAGUUGGUUCAUCUGAGGGUUUCGGGCCGUAGCGAUAUGCAAGCAUCACGUGUUGGAUUGGUCGUCUUGUAGUUAAAGUCAUGUAACCAUACAUACUCCGUAUCGUGAUCCAUCAAAAACGAACUGUUCGAUAGGAAGUGCUCAAUACGACGUAAAUCUUGACACGAAGAAGAUUAAGCUAAGCUUUGCCGGAAGAGUUGGUGGGUUGCCAGGGAGAGAUACUUCAGACCAUGUCCAAACCAGACUAGAUAGAUCAAAAGAAAGCACCAACUGGGUCGAGAUACCUAUUGUCCUCAAUUAGCGAGUCCAUCAAUCAAUCAUCCACAUCCCUUGGAUCAUGAGUAUCCCAAAACUCCUCAUACUCCUCCCACGACACCUGAGGAAACUCCGUUGGUCUGGUAAUCGGCACCAGACUCAACCCCCUAUCUUCAAAAUCCUUCAACCGCUUCGCCGUCAAGGUCUUGGACUUAUUCACCGAAUAGACCUUGACGCGAUGACACGAGCUCGUGACAUGUAGACCCCAGUUCCACGCACUCCUCACAUCCAACGGCUGGGUAUUCAACGAAUUAUCCCAACACCUCACCACCAACUCAAUCCAACCCUCGACAUCCACGGGGACCGAGAAUUCCCACGUUCGCCAGGCGAAUUUAUGUUUCGUGGAUAAAUUUUCAUUCGGGACCGCGUACCAGGAAAACCCGCCGUCGGCAGAGACUUCGACUCGUUCAGGCCAGCGUCCACCACCACUAUAAGCCCAGCCCUUGACGUCGAUGGAUCCUUCGUGCACGACGACCUGUUUAUUCCAGGGAGCCAUGAUGGCGCUGGAGACGGGCAUUUCUUGGAUUUGAAUCCCCAAGGUCGGGUUUUGAUUGUGUUUACCGACCUGUUGGUUGAAGUAGAGGUAUUCCUUACUUUGCACGGGUGCGCGGGUGGGUUUAGCAAGUGCGCGCACGCGGUACAGCCAUUUCACCGACCGGGCGCCGAUAUAGCCCAUGACGACGACGCGGAGAGGGAAUCCGUGGAUUUUCGGGAGGGGUUCGCCGUUCAUUUCCCACGCGAGCAUCACUUCGUUGGCUUUGACUUUGGACCAGGGCACCGAGACGAGGUAGUUCAUGACUUCGUUUUGUUUGAAGUAGGUGUCCGCGCCGUGGAAUUCCAGGUGUUUGCCGUCGUCGGUCAUGCCGCCGCAUGCUUUGAUGACUUUCUUGAGUGAUACGCCGACAUACCGCGCCGUGCCGAUGGCGCCUUCGGCCCAUGGUGCGUUGAUCAUUUCGUCGCCUUCGCCGGCGUAGAGCUGGAUCUGUUCGAUCCGACGUGUCCCCGAACAUUGAAUCGUGACGAGUUUUUCCAUGCGUGGGAACUUGGACUCGUCUUGAAGAUCGGCGAGGGUGAAGCUACGUGGAUUCUUGACCAGGCCGUCGAGUUGGAGGAAAUAUUUAUCGGCUUCGAUGUCGGGGAUUCCGCCAUGGUUACGGAUGAAAUGUAAGGGAGUGGGUGUGACGGGUUUGGCUGUCACGAGUCGCUUGGGUGGUUCGCCGUUGUAGGGGAAUUGAAGCAGGUGAAGCAUAUCAGGGUGCUUUUCUUGGAUGACUCGUAGCCAGGACUCUUCUGGUACAGAGGUCAAGGGUCCGCCGAUGGCUUUGUGCCAUGCUUUCCACCGCACGCCUUCGAGAACCGGGUUGGUGUCGGGAAUAGGUCCAAGUUGGAAUUCUGGUGGGGGAGGAAAUUCGUUGGACAACAUGAUCUUGUUGGCCUUGGCUUUCUUUUCGGGGUAUUGUUCCCAUUCGAUGUAUCUGUUUGGGAGGAAUUGGUAUCGUGGUGACGAUAAAGGUGGGAUGGGAGUUUCUUGUUAGGACAGGAUUCAUGCUUACCCGUGCCAUCCUUCACGUUCUUCAGCAAACAACACGUCUGGGUCUUCCUCGGCAGCAAUGUCAUCGGCUUUGGCGGCAUCAUCUUCGCUGCUGCUGUCGACAUCGUCGACGGUCUUGGUUGGACGACUGGCUUGCCCUUUGGCAGUCUGAUCGAUGAGAGGAAGUUCAGCAGGUGCUAAUCCCUGUUCCAGUUUCCAUUCGUCCCCUGGCUACAAGGAAAUCAGGUCAGCCGCGGCGCAACACUAUGUAGGUAUGAUAGAGCUUGACCUGAACGUGCUUAAAAAUCUCACGGCUUGGAUGGUCGACGUUCAUUGUGUCUAGUAUUCAAUUGCUCACAGUCAGGGCGAAUCUAUCGAGCUGGAUCUCUGUCACGCAAUGCCAAAUUCUGCAGAGGAGAACAAGAGCUUGAGAACGAGAGGAAACAAGAAAACAUUGUGCUGAUAAGCUUCAAAGCUGGACCGGCAAAAUGCUAGCCAGCCAGCUCCUCAAUGAAGUGAAUGUACCAAUGGGAGAGGCUCUUUCACUUGUCCGGCAACGGAAUCGAGAUGGGCAAUGUUGCAUAGUUGAUCCGUGGAACCAGGGCUGGCGGACACUAUGCAUAGCAAUAGGGUGAGGGCAUAGCUGCAUAGUAGCCAACACCUAUGUCGUCAUAUUACACGUAGAGAGCCACUGAAACUGGAGAGAACAUUGCUGGACUGACAUGGGCAAUGGCAAGUCCAGUGGUUGGUGUUGGUUGCAACACGCUGAAUCGAG